UAGAUAAAAAUAAUGGCCCAAGGAAAACUUAAAGUGAAAAGUAAAUUACCAUCUGGUGUUAAAGCCAAGAAAAAUAAAGGGAAAGCGGUGACAAAACGUAGCAAUGCACCAGUUCGGAGUAAAAACAAUGCUGUAGAAAAAAAUAAGAUGAAGGCAAAGGUAACAAAGAUGGUGAACGCAGUGGCUGAACAGCAACUUAGAGCAUUGGCUACAGACACGCCUCAGUUAUCUGCCGCGCAACAAAGGGUCGCAGCAGCGCCUACUGCACCUGUGCCCUCAAAAUAACCUAAUUAGUAAGAUCCUAUUUUUAUAGACGACGUGUUUGUAACCAAAGUGAAAAUUUAAAAAAUAAAAACAUUAUUUUUGCAACGUAAACUUGGAAAUUAAAAAAGUUGCACAAUAUAUAUCUAGUUAUUGGAUGAUUGUUCCAAUGGUGAGGUGUAAUUUGUAAUUACUGUAAUAAUUAGGAGUAAAAUGUAAAAUAUGCUACUAGUACUCUAUUUACAUGUUGAGUUUACAUAUAAUCAACCAUGCAAGUAUGUAUUGUUUUAAAAGUGACUAUUGAAUUGAAAGUUGCAAGUAUAAUAAGUAUUGCUGCAUAACUAGGGUGUUUGUUUCGCUAAUCAGUUGGCCCUAUUAGAUUUAUGUUCUAUUGGACUAUUU